CCGGCCGAAAGGACUGAUCCAACAUGGCGGAGGUCAGGGCUGAGGCGGCAGCGGGGGGCCAUUGAAAGGCCCUGCGGGGCUGCUUAUGGCCGUCGCCCGAGCGGACCUGGUGGCUCCUCCUCUGUUGCCCUGGGCCCUCCGGGGCUUGGCUGUCCGCGGGUUUUCUCAGGCGGGCGGGACCCGGCAUGACUCCCCCUCGGGCCUGUACGAGCUGCUGGGGGUGGCGGCGAACGCCACGCAGGCCCAGAUUAAGACGGCCUACUACAAGCAGUCAUUUCUCUACCACCCGGACCGUAACUCCGGCAGCGAGGAGGCGGCCGAGCGCUUCACCCGCAUCAACGAGGCUUACCUGGUGCUGGGCAGCGUGGCCCUGCGGAAGAAAUACGACCGCGGCAUCCUCAGCCUCCAGGACCUCCGCAUGGCCGGCAAGCCCUCGGGCAAGGAGGCUGCUGCCAGCCCACCUUCCAGGAGGACUCAGAACUUCACGGCCACCCCUUCGUCCCACUACGGCCGCUCCAAGCCCAUCUUUGACUUCGACAAGUUCUACCGGGAGCACUACGGGGAGCAGCUGGAGCGGGAGCGUCUCAUCCGGGAGAGACAGCAGGAGAUGAAGAAGCGGAAGGAGAAGGAUAAAUCGUGGGAUUCGGACACUCUGAAGGAGAUGAUGGCGGUUCUAGUCUUCAUUUCUGCUUUCGUCCUUCUCGUCAAUCGCCGAUGAGUGUGGGACUGGAGAGGUGGCUUGCUGGACAGCUCUUAUCAGGGAAGAAGACACACCACAAAGCCACCCCCGAGCCUUGAAAAGAAGAGCACCUUCUCCCGGUGUUUGCAGUGGCUGCUGUUGCGGAGCAGAAAACAUCUCUUUGAGGGGCCUCUGCAGCCUGCAGUGCAAGCUUGCUUUGGAUAGAGUCAUCCCUCAGUGCUUGGACUGUAGCCACAGAUCAUCCUCAGGACAAACCUACAGGCAUUUCCAAAUGAUUCUGACUGUUGUUAGCGGCCCCAGAUGUGGCAGAAAUACUGGUUGUGGGGUGUGUGUUUUUUAAGUAUUUCACUUUGCCUUAGGAGUGGACGAUCGUUCGUUUGGAGUUGGUUUUGUCAGUUGUCUGUUGUGUCUCGAUCAAGAGUUUGGGUGGCUUUAAUCUGCCAUAUCUGAUUGCAUUUUGAUAAGCCAUUAAUUGGUAUUUUAUGUGUCAAAACUGAACAUGGGGCUUUGUUUCCAGGUGUCACCUCUGUAUCUGUUAGCACUCCCUUUUCGGGUGGAGGGGGGAUUUAAGUCUAUUUUUGUCAUCCCCCCCCCCCCCCCCCGUGGAUUUUGCUGACGUUGUCCAUGGAUACUCUGCUCUGUUGGUGGGACUGCCCCUCUUUCUGGUUCCCAAAGCUUCUGAGAAGCAAUAUUUGCAAAACUAUCACUAAGCCUCUGUUUGGUGUUUAAAAAUGCCCUUCUAGCGCUCUGAAGAGAGAGAAUUCCCACCUGGACAGUUUGUAGGGACUUUUGACUUUGGGCCUAUGAAAGCAAUUGCCUUAGAUUGCUGUAACGGAGCAGACUGUUUCAGACUUUAUCCUGGCAGUUUGCAGUGCAAUUACAUGGGAACCAUGUUCUGACGUAUAGGUUGCGAGAGUUCAGAUUCAAACAAAUGAUCUAUAGGAAUUUUAUUUUAAUAUAUAAAGACUGCAGGAAUGAACCAA